AUGGAUGAUGUUAAAGCAAAUAAUGCAGGAUCGGAACACGCCGGCCAUACUGGUAAUUACAAGGAUCAGGCUAUCGCACACUUUAUCCAACAAAUCCCGAGUGAAACCCUCCAUUUCUUGAACAUAAAUAAAAUCUAUGGGAAGUUUAGAGGAGGCAAACCCACCCUGUCUUGCCAUGCUUGCAAUCUCCAAUUUAAGUCAACUCCCCAGGCUCUUCAGCAUGCUCAGCAAACAUCCCACAGAGAUGUCCUAAGGGCUAGCCUUUUAAGUGACUUACUAAAGCAUCUUCCUCCAAUAACAGAAGCUCAUCGCAUUGCCCUUAACGAAGUUCUAGAAGAACGAUCUUCUAAGCUUUUGCUUGACCAAAAUGAACUUAACCGACGCCGUGAAUUUGCCCACUCUGUCUGUGUAGCCUUAGAAUUCCGCAUUAAAGGAUUAAGAAUGAGUGUGAUUGGCAGCACAGUGUCGGGGCUUGCUUCUGUCGACAGCGACGUUAAUCUGGAUGCCUUCAUGGACUCCGUAGACAGGACCUCGGACAUGGGUCCGAAAUCGGAAGUUCCCAGUUUUGUGGAUCCUUAUAAGAAGGGCUUCAAUUCCGUUUUGCCCGAGAUCUAUGAUCUACUCAAAGCCAACGUAAUUCCUGACGAUACACCGGAAGACCAAUCAAAGCAAGGUGGUGAUUCAUCUGUGGUUAUGCCGCAGAACCACGAUCCCGACCUUCCUCCUUUCCCCGCCAUUCAUAGAGUGACUAGAUGUUAUCGUUCAGAACAAUUUUAUGUGUCAUUCUGCGACUCAGAAUCGGUCUUUUACCGCGUUACUGUUGGCAAUCCUGAAGGCCACCACUUCGCAACUCUUAUUUCUACUUACUUAUCCGUCGAUGACCGAGCCCAGCGCUUGAUGAUUCUCGUGGUGAAGUUCGCUAAGAUGGCCCACCUCACUGAUCCACAAAGGCACACCUUCCAGUCGCCGGUGCUACCCCUUUUAGUAAUUUUCUUUCUUCAACACACCACACCACCAAUUUUACCUAAUCUGCAUGAAAUAGUUCGUCGUCAUCGCGAUGUCUUGCCUCCGAAUUCCAUCGAAACGGUUUUGACAGAGGAGGGUGAUUUCUCCUUCUUGAAGGAUCUAUCUUUACUCCCCCAAUUCUUUCCAUCAACGAUAGGCAAUGCAUCAGACCCCUUCUACCCCAGCAUGUCAAUGACAAGAAAUUUAAUGCCCUCCACCUCUCAAUACAUUCGCCACCAAUUCUUGGCCUGCUAUUCGUACUUUGGUGUGCCCCGCCUCGCUAAAAACGGUCGACCACUCUUUAUCAAGGUUGAGGUUCAGAUUAUCGAUAAAGAUGAGCCUCAGGAGGAGGAUGGCCACAAACAAGUGAAACCCAUCAAUUGUACCAAACAAGAAGCAGGGAAUACCGCCACUCAUAAAGUACUUCUACUCAAUUCCCUUGACCCUUCCAACAAAUUUGAGUCACAGCUAAAUAAGGUUACGGCAUUGUUUGCGGAAAUUUUCGCUACCAAAGCAAUCAUGCAGUCGCCCUUGCAACACAACAGUGACGAUCAGUACACGGUAAAGGAACCUCCGAAGUAUGCUGAGCUCAGUGAGCUCUUGCCACACACCAUGAAGUUAGCCUUCAGUGAGAUUUGCCAGCCCGGCUACGUCGAAUAUGUUGCGCAUGCCUGUUUGGCAAAGGCGCGCAAUCAACUUCGCAACGACUUAUGCCUUUACAGCCAACUUGAUUUAGCUCAAAUGACAAUUUUAAUCCGAAACUUCUGCUUAUGUCUGUGGCAGUCUAUUUGCUCCAAAUUCCAGGAAAAGGGCCUCAGUACUACGACUGCAAAGCGGCUGGCUCGUUUCGGCGUGCAGGCUCUUCGUUCGACACUUCAAACUCUUAAAUACAUACUGCGCAGCAAAGAUCAGCCACGAGCCCCACCGCUCACAUCCUCAUCUAAGGACCAGUCGGAAGCCCACGAGCAAGAGCACACUUUAACCCCUCCACAUACCCCUCGAGAGAAAAAGUUGGAGUGUGUCGGAGACGUUGAGCACAAGUCGGAGGACGCCAUUCAAGAGUGUCCUUACGAUGACAACGAGUAUGGUGGCCUGGUGUCUUAUAAGGCUUCUCACGUUGAUGACGAUUUCAGCAUGGAUGAUAAGACUCCCGACACAGUCCUCUCGGACCUCAAUGAUUCUACCAACGUUGAAGAGGAUGAGUCGGUUCCCAACAACGAUACCGGUUGUGUUGAAAGCCGUGUUGAGGAGCCUUCCACCACUCUGAAUCUGUCGUGUUCACCUGGGCUGAGAAAGGAAGCGAUAAUUGAUUCGGACUCACCAGGUUACUACAACUCCAAGGUUUCGGAAAGUUUGCGUCCUGAAGAUUAUUCAUUUCCUUUCGUGAGCAAUGGUUUCAGGAGUCCUGGAAAGUUCAAAGUAGCCGCCUCGGUUCUCGGCCUGGCUUUCUGGAAUGAACCGUCUACAAUGCUUGCUUAUCACUCAUUGCCCGCACCAGUUUGCCUGCUCUGCGGUAACUCGGGUCACGAAAGUCAUAGGUGUGACUCGAAACCAAAUCAGUCCAUCUCUUUAGAUGUCUGGAGGAAGUUAGCAAAGGAUGUACCCAGCGUGAUUAGUGCCGAGCACCUUCAAGAACUGUCUGAUUGCCUUCAACAGCUUUCUUCAUAUCAUGCAUCCAAUGAGAUUAAUCAAGUUCGAGAGAAAUUUGUUGGUGACCUAAACGAUCUCUUUCGGCUUGAAUAUCCGACUGUUUCCUUGAAGUUGUUCGGUUCUUGUGCCAAUGGCUUCGAGACCACCACGAGCGACAUGGAUAUCUGCGUUUUCUUCCCAGCAAAUUCAUCGGAAGCCUUAUCGCUGUCAGAUCCAAAAGAAAGGCUUAACAUGAUUAAGUCAUUCAAGCGAAUCCUGAACCAAGGGGCACGUGGUUUGAAAAUUACAAACAUUUUACCCAUCCUCUCUGCAAAGGUGCCAAUAAUCAAGUUCAGGGUUGAAGGUCUUGGCGAAGCUGAUCUUAGCUUCUCUAACUACUUGGCAAUCACCAACACAUCAAUGCUGCGCUUCUACAACCAAAUUGAUCCGCGUCUUCGAGUUUUAAAUAUUGCCCUCAAAGUCAUUCUCAGGACGUGUAAUGUGGCAAAGUCUUCCUCAGGAGGAAUUUCGUCAUAUGCGUUUGCCAUAAUGAUGAUACAUUACCUUCAGCAAAUUGAUUUCCUGCCAGUUCUUCAAGAGGCAAGUUUCGCGCGCAAGCUGUGGCACCCUCCUUCAAAGGACGUUUCUGUUGCUGAACUCUGGUUAGGUUUCUUGCGUUACUAUCUCUUUGAUUUUGAUCGGGAACGUUAUGUUGUAACUAUCAACCAAAAACCCAAGCUAGAACGCUUCGCCAAAUUGUGGAACUCGCUUCUCGCGGUCGAGGUUCUCAACCAUGUUCUGAACUCGUUCUACAAAGUCCUAGUGUGCCACAGCACAUUGCUGCGGGGUAAUAUGGUUCUCAAUUCUUGGCGAUACUUGCUCUUUUCACCUGAGAAGUAUAACGCAGAAGGCUCCGGUGUCAGAACCAAGGCUAAGGGAACACCCCAGGCUUCGUCAAGUGAGAAGGAGAAGAAACUUCCUCUCCAGUCGACAGCUACUCCACCCUCCUCCGUGUCGGCUGGCCGUCCUAUCGGCCAGCAGCAGGCAGCACCUAUUUAUAGACGUGGAGGGUUUUCUCGCGGCAGCUCCAAGCGUGGUCGUGGCGCUGCCACCGCAUUUGCAACCCCCACCCAACCUCAACCGUAUUCCCAGCGAAGACCUCAGGAGGCUGCUAGACUGCCUCGAAGUGACGAUGCCCCCCACAAUGGUGUAGGUGGCCCCUUCCGCAGGGGUGUUGGUGAUCGUGGCCGUGUGAACAGUGGUUUCCGAGCCCGCGGUCGACGUCCACGUUGA